GGGCGCGCGACACCAAUAAGUAUGGCAGCGUUAGAAGUUGGAAAUAAUGUUAAAGAUUUAGAAAUACAAGAAUUAGAGAGUCCUGGUGGCAUAGCUUCUGGCCAUGUUUAUGGACAGCUGAUGGGGCUGUACUUACUACAGAAUGACACGUCCAAUGCAAGGUAUCUGUGGAAGCGAAUUCCUCCAGCAGUAAAACAGUCGAACCCGGAAUUAGCUGCUAUUUGGGCGGUUGGCCAGAAGAUGUGGUUGCGAAAUUUCAGUGGCAUCUAUGUGAGCCUACGGCAGGACUGGUCCGAGUCCAUCAAACCCAUCAUGACGGCCUUAGAAGAAUCUGUUCGGCAGAAAGCGUUUGAUCUGGUGGCGCAAGCUUAUUCAUCGAUCGGCAUCGCAGAUUUUUCACAGUUUCUUGGCCUUCAACCAGAUCAGUCUGUCAGUGAAGCAAUAGCAAGGGGUUGGCAUGCCGACAGCACAACAAAAAUGAUAUCUCCCAAAAAGCCAAGUGUUAAACCGCACGAUGUGCUGCCGAGUGAACAGCAGCUGUCACAGCUGACCGAUUUCGUGUCGUUCUUAGAAAAUUGACGCGAAACAAACGGAAGGUUAGGUUCGAAGUCGUUUCAUUACCGCGUCGCAAGCCACGUUCCUCUGCCGAAUGGAAUAUGCGGGGAUGCGUUUAGAACGACGAUACUUCGCUUUCGUGCUUUCCAUUGUUUCAUACACAGAUAUUAAGACCGAUAAAAAUGUCGAAAUGAAAAAUGGAACAGGAACAAUGAACAAAUCUACAGAUGCUAAGACUGGUAGUAUAAAACCAAAUUUUUAAGGGGUAGUCAUUGAUAGACAGUUGUAUGAAGUAUGCAGUAUGCUAUUUCACAUUGAAUCAAAGAGGCAGAUAAUAACACAAGAGCUGCGGCAUGCCGAUUGCCGCAU